UUUGGUGAGCCAAAGGCCAGCCUCAUACAGAAUAGGUUACAGCUUGGAGCGAGGGGGAGAAGAACUGCAGAAAAGAGAAUGGGAAUGCCCAUUUCACUGGCAGCAAAGUUCUUGGCCCACUCCUCAGCCAUCUCAUCUGACUUCACUCUAACCAGUGAGAAGAGAAGGUGUUAACAGUGUUAAUCAACGAGCUGCUGGCACACAGCCAGAUCUUCAGGAAGAAGAGAGGUAAGAAUUGCCCAGUGUGUGGAAAGAAAGAUCAUAAGACAAGGAACAAGAGUAUCUUCCUUUAAAGUGUUACUUGGCCUCUAGGUCUGGGCAGAACUGCAUUUCCCAGCACUGCUCUGAAGAGCUGGGUAAGAAUGGAUGCGACAUAAACCAGAAGUUCUGAAGACUUAGUCACCAAUCUUGAUGCACUUACUGUUGACACUUUAUUUCCGAACACUUGAAUUGAUUCAGCAUUGCUGACAAAGGAAAGAUGACCUCUACUGUAAGGCUACCACCAUACUAUGAAAAUCAUGGCUUUCAGCCAGAAAACUUCUCCUCUGCCAGGCAACCAGUAGGUGCUAAUGCAUAUCCACAGUACCUCUCUACAAAAGCUCCGUCAGUGCCAAGCUAUGUCCCAAGAGUUGCUACCUAUCAGUCGAGUACGCCAGUGGCACAUUCGUCCAGGAGAACCUGUACAUCAAGUAUAAAGAAAGUCAUAAUCAUAAUCUCAUCCGUUUUAAUAGUCAUAUGUUGUAUAAUUGCUGCUUUCUUCAUUUGGUAUUUUGUAGAGAAUCGCUGUCUUGGCUCCUUAAUAGAGUGCGGCUCUUCGGGAACGUGUGUGCUGCCCUCCCAGUGGUGUGACGGGGUGAGCCACUGCCCUAACGGCGAAGACGAAAACCGCUGUGGUCUUUUUCCUUUCAUGGUAGUUAGACUUUCUGGACCAAAUUUUAUCCUGGAGGUUUAUUCACCUGUCAGCGAGUCCUGGUAUCCUGUUUGUCAGGAUGACUGGAAUGACGAUUAUGGAAAGAUAGCAUGUCAAGACAUGGGCUACAGUGCAGAUACAUAUUACUAUAGUCAAGGAAUAGCAACUGGAGUUGGCUUUAAAAGCUUUUUGAAGCUGAAUACAAGUGCUGAGAACAUAGACUUGUACAAAAAGCUCUAUGUCAGUGACUUCUGUGUCUCAGGAAACGUGGUUUCUCUGCGCUGCAUAAAGUGCGGCCUGUCCACUAAAAACGUUAUGAGCAGAAUCGUGGGCGGAAGCAUUGCAUCGCUGGGCCAGUGGCCGUGGCAGGUCAGCCUCCACGUGCAGGGGGUCCACAUCUGCGGCGGCUCCAUCAUCGCCCCCGGGUGGAUAGUGACCGCCGCUCACUGCGUGGAAGGACAAUUAUCUGACCCGUACAGGUGGAGAGUUUAUGCUGGGAUCCUGAAUCAGAAUGAGAUGUUCUUAAAAAUGGGACACAGAGUGCAACAAAUAAUUUCCCAUCCAGGUUAUGAUGCAGACUCUAAAGACAACGAUGUUGCCCUUAUGAAGUUAGAGGUGCCACUGACUUUUACUGACAAUAUAAGGCCAGUUUGUCUGCCUAAUCCGGGAAUGACGUUCCAGUCAGAUCAGCAGUGCUGGAUAUCUGGGUGGGGAGCAGAGUACCCAGGAGGUAAAACAUCAAAUAACUUGAAUUAUGCUACGGUACCCUUAAUAGAACGUUCUAGAUGUAAUUUUAUUGAUAUCUAUAAUGGCAUAGUUUUGCCUACAAUGAUCUGUGCCGGAUUUCUAAAAGGAGGAGUUGAUUCCUGUCAGGGUGACAGCGGAGGUCCUUUAGUGACUUACGAAAACUCUCUGUGGUGGUUGCUUGGAGAUACCAGCUGGGGAACUGGCUGUGCUAGUCCCAAUAGACCUGGAGUUUAUGGGAAUAUGACUGUGUUUACAGAAUGGAUUUAUAAAAAUAUGCAGGCAAACAGAUGACAACACUCUCUUUCCUUCUUUGCUGAUCCACGUUUCUGAGAACAAGACUAAAUUAAGCCAUGGGUGCCUGGGAUAUUUAUUCACCUUACAAAUGAUUUUUCUCUUUGAAUUUUAUUUUUAAAAAGUAACAUGAAGGAUCGCACACUUGGUUCUGUGCUGGUUGCAGUGACUGAUUUAAUCAAUGAAGAAUUAUCACAAUAAGCACCUUUCUCCUUAACGUGGUGCCUGGCAGAAAGUUGUUCUGCUUGGAGAAAUCAGAAAAUCAACUGCUUACUCUAUUUGUAACUUUCACUUGAUAAUCAGGCACGUGUUUAUAAGGAUAAUCUUGAUCACAAUUUAAAUUAAGAUUUUUGUAGCAGGAUGUCGAGACAGUUGGUUUAGUAGUGUUUUUAAAUUAAAUAUUAAGUAAUGUGAACAUCAAAUCUCUGAGCUGCUGGUUGGCAAUUUAAGGAAAAAAAAGUGAAUUGUUUUUGGUAUAUAUGAAGGGAAGCUUUCAUGCACUACAGUAGAAGAAGAGAAGAGAUACUGUAUAUUUAGCUUGUUAAAAGUCCUCAGGAUCUUGACAGCUGUUGUCCAAGUCGUAUUGUUCAAAGUGAGAUCCGUCUGACCACCUCAGUUACUAAAAGUGCCGUUCUGCCGUAAGCCACUGUGAAUCCCUCGAGGGCAAGACCUGCCAUGGCUCCGAGCUGUGGCAGGGAGCAGUGAAUUAAGCGUCCGGCUGGUGAGGUCUGUGACUGCACACGUCAGAGCAUGACUCUCGAAGGGCAAAGUUUUUUUUUCCAAUGAAGCUGUGUUGCAAGCUAUAGACCUCCUGUUGCAGCUAUGCAUACAGAGGCAAAGAACACAAAGCUGUUUCUGCCUAACCAGAUGACUACCUCGUUUAUUAAAUUUGGCUUGUAAUUCCUUAAAGCUCUCCUUUAUGCAUUUGCAUGUAUGUUUUUAGUAAAAUGUCUUAAAUAUCAGCACGCCAUCUCAGCUAGGGUUUUAAAAAAUAAUUUAUAAUCAUAGUAAAGAGGAUCAAAAAGCCAUAACAAGUCACUCUUAAUAAGAAGGAUACAUCUUUUGAGUGAAAUGACUCUACUAGUCUUAUUUUCUCUGUUGGUACUGAAAUGCAAUUGUCUUGCAUGGAAACACUGCACCAAAUAAAUAUA